AUGACUGGAGAGACUGGACAUUGGGUUUACAUGGCACCAGAGGCAUUGACAAUUCAGCUAUGGCUAAAUAAGAUCAUAGCUGAUGAUUUUUCUAAGCACUGCCUAUCUUAUGAUCUAUCCUUGAUGAAUCUGAAAUUGAGACAGCUUCUCAGAAGUCACAUCUCUGUUGUUCGCCAGAAUCUGAGGCCAGAGAUACCUCGUUGCUGUCCAAGCUCGCUUGCAAAUGUAAUGAAGAGAUGCUGGGAUGCAAACCCCGACAGACGACCAGAGAUGGACGAGGUGGUGUCGAUGUUAGAGAGUAUAGACACAUCCAAGGGAGGAGGGAUGAUCCCACAUGAUCAACCUCAGGGUUGUUUGUGUUUUCAGAGAUACAGGGACCUUGAUAUUUUUACCCUUACCCCCCAUUGA